CCCGACACUUAAUGUACUCUUGGAGAGAGAGAGCACCAUGUUGCGCCGGAAGCCAUCCAAUGCCAGCGAGAAGGACCCAGUGCAAAAGAGGAAGCUGUCCCUGCAGCGAUCCAGCAGCUUCAAGGACUUUCCUAAAUCCAAACCCAGCUCCCCUCUACCAAGUGAGAAGGAAUUCAACCUAGAGGAGGAGGUCCCAGAAGGCAAUCAGACAAACUCUGUGCCCAGCUCAGAUGACUCAGGCCGAAGCAGCACCUCAAAGCUGGGUAAGAGAUGGAGAGCUGCCAUCUCCCGUACCAUGAACAGGAAGACUGGCAAAGCAGCCGCCAAAGCUCUCGCAGAGCAGGGGGAGGCUGAAGACGAGGCUGCUGCAUCUCCCAUCAGCAGCCCCACUGAAGACGAAGGCCCAGUCUUUCCAGAAUCAAGUGAGGAGACCAGCAGCUCUCAAUCGCCAAGUGGGACUGAAUUGUCCAAUCCCAGACUGAUGGGAGGAAGCAGUAGCAAGAAGGGAGACGAGGCCAGCCCCAUACCGUACGUUGGCCCUUUUUGUGGAAAAGCCAAAGUUCACACAGACUUCCUCCCCAGCCCGUAUGAUAAAGACUCUCUGAAACUUCAGAAAGGAGAUGUCAUCCACAUCAUUGCAAAGGCACCUGCAGGCACCUGGACUGGUCUUUUGAACAACAGAGUGGGCUCCUUCAAGUUCAUCUAUGUGGACAUCAUCCCAGAAGACCCUGCGCCAGUUGCAAAGAGCAGUUCGCGAAGCAGGAGCAAGAGGCCCAAACCCAAGACCUUGCAUGAACUGCUGGAACGCAUGAAUCUUGAGGAGUAUGCCUCUACAUUGCUACUGAAUGGCUACCAGACCUUGGAGGACUUCAAAGAGCUGCAAGAGACCCACCUGAAUGAACUGAAUAUAACUGACCCACAACACCGUGCCAAGCUGCUAACAGCAGCAGACCUCCUGCUUGAUUAUGACACAAGCAGUGAGGCUGAAGAUGAAGAAGGAAGCUUGGGGGCUCUGGGGGCCCCUGGAGAGCCAAAGGGAGACAUUCCCCGUGAUUCUGGCUGCUUUGAAGGGACAGAGACACUGGACAGCGGGCGUGAAGACUCUAAGCUGGGGGAAGAGCUACAAAAUCUCUCUCUGGGUGGCUCAUGCUGAGAAAAGGUUUUUCCUUCUUCAUCCUGGGGGUUGUGUUGGCAAAUGUAAGCAGUCAUCCAAAAUGCAUCUGCCUCCAAGACAGAAGAUCCAGCUGCAA